GCAUGUCUGUGAUAUUACGUAGAGAGGGGAAGAUAUAUUUAUACUGUAAAGGUGCUGAUACUGUUAUCAAUGAGAGACUCAAAGAGGGUGACCAAGCAAUUAGGGAUAUUACUGCAGAGCAUUUAAAUAAGUUUGCGGCAGACGGACUCCGAACGCUGUGCCUCGCGGUCAGGGAGCUGGAUGAAGAGACGUAUCAGCAUUGGAAGGAGAAGCACCACGAAGCAGCCACUUCGCUGGACGACAGAGAGGCUAAGGUGGAAGCGGUGUACGAGGAGAUCGAGCGUGACAUGACGCUAGCCGGGGCCACCGCCAUAGAGGACAAGCUUCAGGACGGAGUGCCGGAGACGAUAGCCAACCUCGCGCUAGCUAACAUUAAGAUAUGGGUUCUAACGGGCGACAAAGCAAGGUGA